UAAUGCUUGUACCAUACCAGAUGGACCUGAAUCUUCCCCCCUCACAUUAUUGACUUCAGCACGCCCACAAACAAACAAGUUUGCCAGCUGUGCUCUCACCAAACGCUUGUUUCAUGCACCCAAGCAUCUCCCUCCAUGCUCAGCCAUCGCUGAAGACAGCCUCCACCACAGUAUCCAUACCGACCGUACUGUAAUUCGUCUCCUUCCUCCUCUUCCGGAGCAAUCUUAAUUACUAGUAGAAUUGAAUCGAAUCAGAAUCAAGAUGACGCGCAUGACUUACUCCGGGCUGGUUUGUUGCCACACGGGCAUUGAUUUUGAAAACGUUGCCAUUUGUUGCUUUUCUCAGGGAGAUGUCCUUUGCUUGCGCAACUCUUGCUGUUGCACCACAGGAGUGGAAAGCCGUGGCUGUGGACUGACGACCAAACCGGAUCAUGGCGAACUCUGCAAGAUUGGAUGCAUGUGUUGCGACAUGGGACUCGUCAAGCCACAAGUACUCUGUGCCGAAUCCAGUCAAGUCUGCUGUGUCUACAACGUGCAGACGUUCCCUUUUAUCAAGGAACAUCAAUCUGAACCAGUACUAGCUUACGUCUGUCUACAGUGCAUGCCCACCGUAGGCUGUUGUGCCGACCCGGGAGAAUGCCGUGCUUUGGACCACGUUUUCAAAGAAAAAAACUUGGAAAUCUAUCCUGGAACCAUGCCAAACAAAGAAGCGCCCAUGGGAGCCGAUAUGGAUCGUGAGUAAACUUGGGGCGUGGAAUGGUAAGAUAUGGUGCAACUACUUGGUUAGUUAGUAGCUCGAGCAAGGAAUCGUGCAAGGCAGACUUGGAAAGUGCCAAGCACACAUCAAAAAGACGAAAUUUUUCCAACUCCAAGCAUGCAUUGGAUGAUUCGAUUCGAUUCGCUCGUCAUGUAUGAUUUAAAAUCAAUAAAAAAUGGAGAUACAGAAGACGCAUACAUGCA